AUGGGGGUGUCCCGCGAGAUUUCGGAGGCCCUUGCCGGCCGCCCCAAUGUUCGUGGCCUUGGCCUUGGCUCGGCCUUCCUCGAUGCCAGUGGCCAGCCGCUGAAGGAGGGCCUCCACUGGGGCCUGCAGAAGGACAUCUGCCAGAAAUAUCACGUCACCAAUGGGCUGCACGAUCUGGCCUUCGGCAUUCCGGAGUGGCGGCAUUACAAGUCCGAGUGGCUGGCGGGACGGCGCUCCGCACCGUUGGAGCACUUGCCCGCCCAAGACUACAAGGUCCUUUUGCAGGCCCGCAAGCACUUCCUGAAGGCGCGCGAGCAGCUGCUGAUGCACGGCUACCGCCCUCCAGCCGACGGGCGGAAAAAGCUGUCGAAGGAUGCCGCGCGCUUCCUGAGCACCGUGCCCACGCCACCCGCCAAAGAGAUCGAUGCGGGGCUGGGCCUUGUCGACCGCGUGGUCGAGCAGCAGAAGAGUGCAGAAUUUGAAGACUGGGCAAAGGACGUGGACUACCCCAGUCGCCGGCGCCAGAUGUUGACGCUCCAAGAGAUCCAAAACCUCGCCCGCAACCUGGCCGACAUGUCCAGGACAUGCGGCGAAAAGGCGGAGAGACAAGGGCUGACAGACCUUCGAGCGCGAUCAUGA